GACAGCUACAAGGUCACCGAGUUGCUGUUGGACUGUUGCUCAAGCACUCAUUGAUGUAGUGAUGUCGUCAUGGAUCAUCAGGUGGGUGAGUGACAGGUGUCCGGUGGGCGGGGCUUGCUGCAGCUCCUCGUGCCGUCUGUUCAGUGCUGAUAGAGCUCGUGCCCUCGCAGACUGAGCACGCGCCCUGCAGGUUCACCGUCUUACUUCACAAACAAACAUGAAGAAGAAGAAGGAGCUCAUUUUUCUUCUUUGCGGAUUUUAAACUCCAGAAGUCGGAUAUUUUAUAUCAGAUCUUCAUCGUGUCGCAGGUCGACGUUCAUCUGAACUUCAGUGUCAUCAAACUCCUGCAGGACUCGAACCAGCGACACCGAGGUGACGACACGCCGAGGAGGAGGAAGAGGAGGAGGAGGAGGAAGACCAAGAUGAAGAGGAGGAGGAGCGUCUGAGCAGCAUGCUGCCUGGGACCACUGACGAAGGAACAGUUAAAAGACCAGAAGAAGAAAAAAAAGAAGACAAAGAAGAAGUGGAAGAGGAGGGUACUGUUCUUCCUCCUCCUCCUCCUCCUCCUGUUACCAUGACGACCUGGAACAACGACCCCACCGUCCAAUCCGACGCCGCGGUAAACAGCAGCAGCUCGGACUCGGGGGAGGAGGCGGCGGCGUCGCUGUCGGACUCUAACAGGGAGGCGUUACUGUGGCAACAGAGGGAGGAGGAGUAUGAUGAAGAGGAGACGCAGGCGGUCGCUUCGUCUCCAGACGGACGAUUCCUCAAAUUCAACAUCGAGAUCGGACGAGGAUCCUUCAAGUCGGUUUACAAAGGACUCGACACCGAGACCACGCUGGAGGUGGCCUGGUGUGAACUGCAGACUCACCGUCUGAACAAGUCGGAGCGUCAGAGGUUCAGUGAGGAGGUGGAGAUGCUGAAGGCGCUGCAGCAUCCAAACAUCGUCCGAUUCUUCGACUCCUGGAAGUCGACGCUGAGGGGCCACAAAGGCACCAUCCUGGUGACGGAGCUGAUGACGUCCGGAACGCUCAAGACUUACCUGCGCAGGUUCCGUCAGAUGAAGCCGAAGCUGCUGCAGCGCUGGAGCUUCCAGAUCCUGAAGGGGCUGCAGUUCCUGCACUCGCGCUGCCCCCCCAUCCUGCACCGAGACCUCAAGUGCGAUAACAUCUUCAUCACCGGACCCACCGCCUCUGUCAAGAUCGGAGACCUGGGCCUCGCCACGCUCAAGAAGGCCUCAUUCGCCAAGAGCGUCAUUGGAACCCCGGAGUUCAUGGCUCCAGAGAUGUAUGAGGAGAAGUACGACGAGGCCGUGGACGUUUACGCCUUCGGUAUGUGCAUCCUGGAGAUGGCGACGUCUGAGUAUCCGUACUCUGAGUGUCGGAACGCCGCUCAGAUCUACCGCAAGGUCACCAACGGAAUUAAACCCGACAGUUUCUCCAAAGUGACGGUCCCAGAGCUGAAGGAGAUCAUUGACGGCUGCAUCCGGACCAACAGCAGCGAGAGGUUCACGGUUCAGGACCUGCUGGAUCACCGGUUCUUCCAGGAGCAGCUGGGCGUCCAUGUGGAGCUCGCCGAAGACGACGACGGCUCGAAGGCGGCGCUGAAGCUGUGGCUGCGGAUGGACGGUAACAAGAAGCUUCAUGGGAAAUACAAAGACAACAACGCCAUCGAGUUCCUGUUUGAGCUGUACAAAGACGUCCCCGAGGAGGUCGCCCAGGAGAUGGUGGUGCUGGGGUUCGUGUGUGAGGCGGACUACAAGCUGGUUGCCAAGGUGCUCAGAGACCGUGUGACGGCCAUAAAGCGUCAGCGGGAGAAGCAGAGCCGCCUGGUGGAGGAAGCUCUGAGCCGCCAGCAGGAAGCUGUCGUCAAGGAGGAGUCUGACCCCGCCCCCCCACCACCGGAGGCAUCCAAUCAGAGACCUGCACCUGCCGCCAGCAUGACUGCAGCCGGCAAGCAGGACUCAGCUGCUGUGUUAGCGCCCGCCCCCACCUGGAUGCAGGCCCCGCCCCCGGUAACAGCGACAUCAUCGGCGCUGUUGUCGAGCAGCGGCCCGGUGGAUUCUGGGAUCGGCGGCGUCUCCAGCAGGACAGAAAGAGACAGAGAAGAGGAGGACGAGAAGACCAAACACACAUCCUUCUCCUUCGCUACAUCGGACUGUGAUUUGGACUCCUCCUCUGGUGUCCAGGGGAAGGUUGAGGCCACGCCCCCUCCUGUCACUAACCCCACCCCUGCACCUGCGGCCCAGGAAACUACCCACCUCCAGGCUCCUCCCCCUGUGACCCGGACAUCGAAGCCUCCGCCACUUCCUGUGCUGCGUUUCCCCAAGAGCAUCGCUGUGUCCAACAACGUCGAGAGACCACCGUCUGGAUCAGUCAGCGGCUUCUGCUCACCUGUCGAGAGCUACGCAUCUGAUGUGACCUCAGGUUUGAGUGACGGAAAUGAUGGCCAAUCAGAUAAAAGCAACCAGGAAGUGACCAGACGGUCGGCUUCGAAGCAGUUCAGGAGGAAAGCGAGGGCUCGCCUGAGAAUCAUUGGGGUGGAUACGGAUAACCGGGUGGUGGAGUGUCAGCUGCAGACUCACAGCAGUAAGAUGGUGACGUUUAAGUUCGAUCUGGAUGGAGACAAUCCUGAGGACAUCGCCUCUGUGCUGAUCCACCGAGACUUCAUCCUGCCGUCCGAGUGGGCAGAAUUCAUCCUACGAAUGCACGACAUCAUCAAGAGGGUGGAAUCCACGAUGCAUCCGCAGCCAGCAGCAGACACUGACAGUUCGUCUCAGCUGAAUGCCUCCAUGCCGCCUGAGUCGCCGACGAAUAUGGCAGCCCAGAGCCUCUCCAGAACUCUGUCCUCUUCUUCUCUACCUGACACUGAAGAUGUUGAGCCUUCCACACUGAAGGGUGUAGACUCCCACAUCAACCCUGAGGCCACGCCUGCCGUCAGGCCACUGAGGUCACAGUCCCUCCACACCUCAUCAGCUUCCUCCCAUCAGCCCCCCCUCUCCCCCCACCAUCACCCCCAACCAGACUCCGCCCCUCCUCCCCCACACCUCCCCCCUCCUCCUCCUCAGUAUCAACUCCAGUCCCCGCCCCCCUCCUCCUUCCCCACCCAGAGCUCCGCCCCCUCCUCGUCUUCCUCAGCUCCUCCUGCCCUCCCUCAGUGGCCCCCCUCUGACCAGUCUCCCCUUUUUCUGGCCAGUGUGCUCUCUCUGGCCAUGAGUGUGGCUCAGUCCUUCAUGCCCGCCGCCGGGGCCCCCAACCAGGGCUUUCACCCCCAACCACAGCCCCCGUCUUCCCCGUUCCCCUCCCCCCAGACUCCCCUCUCUCCCCCCAUGUCCCCAUCCCUGGGCCCUAAGCUCCACCCUCCAAGCCACACCUCCCUCUCUGCUCCCUCCCUCCCCCAGCUGACCCACAGCCCCCCCACGCCUCAGACAGGCUCCGCCCCCGACAGCCAGCAGGGGGCGUCACUCAGCCGGAGUCCAGACUCUCCUCAGCAUCAGAGUCCAGUUCAGCUGAAGGUCAGCUCAGCUUCUCCCCCUCAAGGUUCAGAGACUGUCUCUGCUCCCAGUCUGACCAGCACUCCCAGUCCCAGAGGAGAGUUCUCUGACUCCUCCCCCUCCUCCCCGCUGGCCUCGACUCCUCACAACACAGUGUCGUCCCCCGUCUGCCCGUCACCGGGACCGUCGUCCACACAGGAAGUGACGAAACCUUCAGUCUUCACCGUUGGUCGUUUCCAGGUGAUGCCUUCCAAAGACACUCCUGCUGUCCAUCAUCAGGAGCCACGCCCACUCAACCAGGCCACGCCCACCGCACACUCCCCGCCUCCGUCCAGGCCGAGCCAAUCAGAGAGCUCAGAGAGCAGCACGGAGGAGCAGAGCGAAUCAGAGAUGAGCGUCAGCACGGGGAGGGUCUCCCCACCUGGGCAUCGUCGUCGUCUGGGUUACCAUGACAACCACGGAGAACAGGAGGAGAGGAGAAGAAAAGGGGAUGAGGACCAAAACGAGGAGGAGGAGGAGGAGAAGAAGAAGAGGGUCAGCCUGUGGGAGGGGUCGGCCGGCAGCCCCGGGCUGAGCGGCAGCGGCUUCAGCCAAUCGUGGACCCGCUCCGCGUCCUACAUGAGCUCCGACGAAUCAGAGAGUGAGAAGGAGGAGAUUUGGGCGGAGCUACAGCAGCUUCGGGAAAGACACCUGGCAGAGGUGCUCAACCUGCAGGUCAAUCAGAAGCAAGAGAUCGAGGCGCUUUACCUGAAGAUGGGUAAAGUCCCGCCCCCUGUCAUCGUCUCUCCGGCCAUCAUGUUGAACCACCGCCCACGCCGCCUCUCCAUGACCGGACACUACCCUCCCGCUCGCAGAAACAGCCUGCAGAGACCGGACGUCCUGCCCCCUGCAGGUAUCAUGAGGAACAGCGGCAGCAGCAGUGGAUCUCAGGAGAGGGCAGGGAAAGGUGUGACCUUUGCCCCCGAACACAGCUACAUGUGAGCGAUAGAGGGAAGUGCUGUCUAACUAAAGACAUGACGGAGACCAUUGAAGAGGAAGACGAGAAGUCGCCUCUGUACACAAACGUCACUUUAUUAUCAAACCAGCAGAAACAUGAAAAUCUCUCAUUUUAUUCAAAAAUCUUCAACUGACUUGAACGACUCUGCUGAAACCAAAUAGUUCUUAGUUGAACUGAGAAAUAGCAGUAUCCCCGUCGCAAUGUUUAGCUUGUUUCCAGAUAAGAGAUUUGUUGUGUUCUGGUUUUGUUUAUUUUGAAUUGAGACAUUUGAAACAUUAUAAUAACGUUUCAGCACUUUAGAAAGAAACCAACGAGCCUUAAUGAGCCUCAUGCAGAAACAGUUUCUUAUUCUUUACAUUCUGUGGUUCUGCAGAUUUAUCUUAUAAAUCAUCUUUAAACGCUCGAGUGUAACAAACACAGACUGCAUCGUGGAGUAUUAUAUCACACAUCUAAUACAUCGUACAGACAGCAGAAGCCAGGAAAUUUAUUUUACAUUAUUUUGCAAGUAGUUAUUAUAGAUAAAGAGAAAAAUGCUGCUUUUUGACUACAGAACAAUCAUCCAGUGACCUGCCGGGGAUGCAUCAGCUGAGGCGUCAUCAUGCGUCGAUGCUGCUGACGUCGUUCCCAGAGGUCGAACCUAAAAACCAGAAUCUGAAAAACACUCAGCAACUUACACUUCCUUGAGGAUAAUUCUGGUGAUUUUCUAUAUUUUAUAGUCUUCGGAGCCGUUUCUGAACAAACUAACGUGACCAAACUCUUGAUGAUGAAGGAUCAUGUGACCCAGUGAUGUGUCUUUAAUCAGAUAUAUCAGCUUUGACACACACACACAGUACUGGUUAGUAGAUCAGUUCAUUGAUGGUUUGGAUCCAAACAUGAAGACAAUUAUAGAAUAUUAACCAGAAUGAUCCUUUAAUAGUGAUUUUCUUAAUCAGCUCUAAGUGAACACGUUGUUAGAACCACGCUGCUGCUUUCACAUAUUUCACAAACACUCAGAUUUGUGUUUGAUUGCAACGUGAAACAAAUCAAACAGUUUAGAUGAAUGAUGUCGUUUUAUUACGCAGGACGUUUUGAUGAUGAGAAAUGCUUCAUAUUUUAGUUUUCAUGUGUUAUUAGAAUGAAUCUGUUCUUGCACGAGGGUCUUCUGCACUUUUACACCAGUAUCUCAUGUCUGUAUAUCUGGAAUACAUGUUUAUAGUCUGUAUACAGCAAAUGUAACUUGGACUGAAUGCGUGCCUUAUUUAAAGACAAUGUAUUUCACUUUCUGUGUAUUAUUUAAAGAUAAUUAAAGAAGUAAUGUGUGUAUUAUUUAGAGAAAGUGUUUCACAUCUGAGUUCAGACUCUGUUUAUGUGCUUUUAAACAAUCAGCUGUUAUGAUUUGAUCUACUUGAUGUGACUGAAGUCUGUCUGACAUGAUUCACAUCAUCGUUAUUAUCUUCUGUCCAUGUUUAUGCUUCACUUCUCUGCUGUUCCAUGUAAUGAAAAAAUAAUCACAUUUUUGUUUAUAAAAGAUAG